AUUCGAUGUAGAGGAAUGCUUUGUACAACUUCACCUGACAAGUGUCCGUGUCCACAAAAGGCACAAAAGUCAUUUGCUAUUGUGAAAGCUUCAGUUCUUUACAUCUCUGGAUACUCCAUCAGACCCUUUCUCAUUUGUUUCCUUGGGUCCUCGACUUGACUAGACCCGUCAAUCUGCGACUAUUUACUCCAGUUCUGGCCCGCCCGCGCGGGUUUCCACUUGUUCCCUUCUUUCUAGUCUACCACUACUGAGCUAGUAGCCGCUGCGCCGCUGCUGCUUUGCAGACCGACCAAACCAAGAACAAGAACAAGCUUGCCUGCCCCGUUCCACCAUCCACUCUCACUCCUCCUCUGUUCCUCCCCGUUGUCUCUUGUUCUCUUGCUUCUGUCAUUGCCUGCUUCCUUUUCGUUUCUACUUCCUCCCUUCAUACUAUUCUAAUUGUCAAUUUGACACACCAGCGUCAUGUCUGGUCGUUUCGUGCGUUCUUCUAAGUACCGACACGUCUUCGGACGGCCGACGAGAAAGGAGCAAUGCUAUGAUAAUCUUCGUAUUUCCAGAAAUGCCUGGGAUACCAACCUCGUCAAGGUUAACCCCAAGUACCUCUCUGUGAACUGGGAGGCUGGUGGUGGUGGUGCUUUUGCUGUCAUCCCCUUGGAAGAGCGGGGCAAGCUGCCCGAGCGCAUGCCUCUGUUCCGUGGUCACACUGCUGUUGUCUUGGACACCGACUGGAAUCCUUUCAACGACGACCUCAUCGCGUCUGGUUCCGACGACGGAAGGGUUCUGCUCUGGCGUGUACCUGAGGGAUUCACCCUCUCCCCGGAUGUUGAUCCCGAUGAGAUUCAAGAUGUGGCUCCUGUUGGCAAGCUUUCCGGCCACCCCAAGAAGAUCGGACACGUUCUCUUCAACCCCGCGGCCGAGAACAUUCUGGCCACGGCUUCGGGCGACUACACUGUGAAGAUCUGGGAUAUCGAGGCCGGCGCCCCUAAAUUGACCCUGAACUUGGGUGAUAUUGUGCAAUCGCAGUCCUGGAGCGCAAACGGUUCCCUCCUGGUCACGACCUCCCGAGACAAGAAGCUUCGCAUUUGGGAUGUGCGUCAAGAGCGCCCCGCGCACGAGACACAAGGACACUCGGGAGCCAAGAACAGUCGCUCUGUCUGGCUGGGUGAACGCGACCGGAUCGCGACAACCGGUUUCUCCAAGAUGAGUGACCGCCAGCUGGCGCUGUGGGAUAUCCGCGCUCCUCGCGAACCUAUCAACGGGUUCAAGACUCUUGACUCCAUCUCUGGUGUCUGCAUGCCAUUCUGGGACGAAGGCACUCAGAUGCUGUACCUGGCUGGCAGAGGUGACGGUAACAUCCGCUACUUCGAGCUGGAGAACGACAAGUUCGAAUACCUUGCUGAGUACAAGUCCGCCGAUCCCCAGCGCGGUAUCGCCUUCAUGCCCAAGCGCGGUGUGAACACCCAUGAAAAUGAAGUUAUCCGUGCCUUCAAGACCGUCAAUGACUCUUACAUUGAGCCUGUCUCCUUCAUCGUCCCCCGCCGUGCCGAGACCUUCCAGGACGACAUCUACCCCCCAACCAUUGGCCUCAAGCCUGCCAUGGGCCCCGACGAGUGGUUUGCUGGCAAGGAGGCUAUCCCGCCCAAGAUCUCCAUGGCCAACCUCUACGAGGGUGAGGGACUGAAGGAAGUGACCGGAGUGCAGGAGAAGCCCACCUCUUCUUUGGAUACUCCUGCUCCCGCCGCUCCCAAGGCCGAAGAGCCCGCCCCCGUCAAGAAGGAGGCCGAACCUACCCCGGAGCCGACCCCUGUGGCCAGACCUAACGCCUCCAUGAAGGACCAGGGUGCUUCCAUGGCCGCCAUGGUGAACAAAUUCGCCGACCAAGAAGAAGAGGCUGAGCCCGAGGAGCCGUCCGCUUUCGACGAGGCUCCCAAGCCCGCCGCUCGCACUCCCGAAGCCGCCUCGCCCACCAUCAAGGCCAGUCCAGGGCACCAGAAGGAAGAGGAGACCAAGGCACAACCCACUUCCUCCAAGGCUUCUCCCGCCCAAACCCCCCGCGCCGCCACCCCCACUGUCGCAGCCCCAGCCCCAGCAACAUCCACUCCCUCGCCCAGCAUCUCCACCAGCGCCGCCAACGCUGCCGACGCCGUGCAACGGGAAAUCGGCGCCAUCAAGGAACUCAUCGCCGAGCAAACCAAGACCAUCGCCUCCCAGGCUCAGCAGAUGCAGAGCCUGACCGCGGAGAUCGAAUCCCUAAAGGCUAAGCUGGGCUAAGCCUUUCCCUUUCGCCUCCUCUUGCCCCCUCUCGCCUUCCUUUCCCCAUCUACAUCACCCAUAAUCUCAACCCCAGCCAAACUACCUCCAAUUAGGUACUGCAUGUAUCUAUUAUGACUCUCUUUUUCUUCUUAAUCUCGGAGCAAACUGCGAUCUCCCUCAAAACCAAACCUAUCAACGGACAGGACCUCUGAUGUAUACUGUAUUGUGUGCGUGUGUGUGUGCAUGAAAUGUAACUACUUUCUCUUUUCGCCCCUCAAGCUCU